AUGGAGGACAACAAGCACCCACCACCACAGUAUGUGAGUGCAAUGCAGCAGCAGCAGCAGCAGCAGCACCCACCACAGAUGCAGUUGGAGCAGCAAGGUGGUGGCCCACAGAGUCAUGGCAACGAGCACCACCACGACCACCAUGCCGGCGCAGGUGGAGAGACUGAGCGCCUGGAAAUCGAUGCUGUGAUUGCCAUCGUCGCCACCGUCAUGGCCAUUCCACUGGCAUCCCUCACGGAGGAAGAGGAGGAGAAAGACUACAUCUUCCAAGUACUCAAUGGUAAAGGCAAGCAGAUUGCGUGGUUCGUCGCAUCGUUCAACAUGGUCGCAUACUGGUGGGGUUACCACUCCGCUCUCAUGCGUCAAGUGGAACACGUUACCUUCUGGACCAUGCUAUGCAACCUGCUGUUCCUGCUGUCGCUGAGCUUCUACCCAAUCUCAUAUGUCUUUGCGCAAGACUACAUCCUGAACUGGAGAGCAACGUCGUUGUUCAUGUCCAUCCUGGUGUCAACAGCGCUUGCAUUCGCCCUGCUCAGGAUGCUGUCUCGGCCCUCCGCAUGGGAGAGUCCUGCGCGUCGAAUGGCGUGGAAGCUGUGCAUGAUUGAGGAUGCAACGCACGUUGUUGUCCUUGGUCUGGCCCUCGCCGCUGUGCAGAUCCUGCGUCUUGUUAACGAAGACUACAUUGCCGUCGGCUGGGUCGUUGUUCUCGUCAAGACCAUCUUCGACGUAAUUGUGUACCGCUGGCACGUGCGGCGCCACCCGCGCCUCUUUGCAAACCCGUACAAGCCCGGCAAGACGCUGCGCAAGCGUCACUUCCUUCGCCUUGCCGGCUACGCUGACGUUCGCCGCAAUCGCCUUGAAGCGUUCUCCGAUGGCGUGUUUGCCAUCGCUGCCACCUUCCAGUUCCUGGAGAUCAAAGUGCCAACGCCAGACCAAGUUCCCUUCCCCUCGUUCACGGAAGCGCUCUCGGAUGCCAGCUCGGACUUGGGUGCCUACCUCAUCUCCUUUGGCGUCAUCGGCAUGCUGUGGAUCAACCACCACAACAUUGUCGAACGCUUCCAGUGCGUGCCGCUCUUGCUGCGUCUCGUCAACACGCAGCAGCUUGUGCUAGUGGCCGUGCUUCCUCUCUUCUUCAGCAUCCUCGUCAACUUCUGGCCGGACCGGUCUGCCGUCAUCUGGGCGAGCUGCGCCGUCGCCACCACCGGUCUGUUCCAGCUCCUCCUGUGGGGAUUGGCCCGCUUCCUCCACUCGCGAGCGGUCGCCGCAAGCGCUUCUGUUGCCACGCGCACCCCCUCCGCCCACACCUCCUCGUCCUCCACACUUCUCUCUGCAAGCACGAGCAGCGGCAGCGGCCACAGCAGGCCUGGCUUUCCAACAGCAACAGCAACAACAGCAACAGCAACAACAGCAAGACCAAUGUCUUCUUCGUCGUUGCCUGGACCGCCAACAACGCCACAAGCAGCUUCAACAGCAACAACAGCAGCACAACAACAGCGACAGCAAGAGGAGGAGGAAGGGUUGCAGCGGGAAGAAGAGCUUGUGCUGAAGUUUGAUCCUUACGAUUCCGUGCGCAAGCCGUACGUGGUUGCACAGCUGCUGGUCAUACCCGUAGUCGGGUUUGGCACUGCGCUCGCUGCUCUGGGCUCAUCCAGGGUGCACCUGUUCCCGUUUCUGCUCUGCCCGUUCCUGUACUGGCUGCUGAGCUCUCUCGAGGCACGUGCCGUUGGCACUGCCAUCGCAUUGCGGUACGGCGCCGGCACAUCCGAACACCAACCGCUUGUGCAGCGCACAGAGUAG